UUUUUGUUGUGUCGUUGGGACAAAGUCACUCACGAUUAUUAUGUACCUAUGAUCCAGUUCUAAAAGGAGGGUUGAUGAGUUUAAAAGCCAGUCCAGAGGGGAAAAAACAUGGCAAGAAUUAGACGAGAUUUGAUUUAAGUUUAAAUAACUUUUAUUUUGACAGUAUGUAUUGAUUGAGAGAGUGACGCACUACAGCAUGUGCAUAGUUGGAGACAGAGAGCUCAGUAAACGCAGUAACAGUUUGUAUACGUUGUGCAAUAAUGCAAAAUUGCACAGUGGAUUCAUGUCAGUAUUAUUCAGCUGGCCAUAAUGGUGUUCAGACUUAAGAGCCUUGUGCGCUUUAUUCAUUCGAGAAUCAGUGUCACAACGCGAAAGGUGUCAACAACAUGUGGUGAGCAAGGAAAAGUAAUUCCGCCCAUAUCGGCAAGAUUUACAGUGGAACAGGCCCUGAGCCAGUGGGCUGAGCGUUUUCAGGUGGCUGAAGUCCCUGAACCUCAGCUUUCCAGUCAGUACAUCAUCUCACAUGUGCUGGGGCACAAGACUCUGAACCAUCUCGAGAGAAGGGGGCUCACCCAAGUGCUUUCCCAUGCACAUGUUGAGAGGAUCUGGAGACUCUGUAAUAAACGUCUUACCAGGAUGCCGGUACAGUAUGUGAUUGAGGAGUGGGACUUCAGGGACAUAACUCUUAAAAUGAAACCGCCUGUGUUUAUACCACGUCCUGAGACAGAGGAGCUGGUGAGCCUCGUUCUGGCUGACCUGGAAGUGUUGGCUGCAAGCAGGGAUAUGGACACUGUGCGCUUCCUGGAGGUGGGCUGUGGCUCUGGAGCGAUUUCCUUGAGUCUGUUGCACAGCCUAAAACAGAUCAGGGGGGUGGCCCUGGAUCAGAGUGCACAGGCUGUGGCCCUCACCAGGGAGAAUGCACAAAGCCUUGGACUGCUUGACCGUCUCAAAGUCAGUCAGGUGGAUGUGUUUAAAGACGCUGACUGGCUUGUGGAGACCUGUAGUCCUGUGGAGGUGCUUGUCAGUAAUCCCCCCUACCUAUUCACUGAAGACUUGGAUUCACUGGAGCCUGAGGUCCGAAGGUUUGAGGACCGUGCUGCAUUGGAUGGAGGAAAACAAGGACAUUGUGUCAUAGACCAGAUUCUGGCACUUGCACCAAGGCUGUUAACUGAAAAGGGUCGAGUCUAUCUUGAGGUGGAUCCACGACAUCCUGAUAUCAUCCAGACCAGGCUAAAGGAAAGGGUGCUGGGAUUAGAGUAUGUGAAAACGCACUAUGAUUUCACAAACAGAGCACGGUUCUGCAUCUUACAGUCGAGGAGUCGAGGAACAGGCUGAUCAGCAAAGAGGAGGAGAACAGGCGGUGAGCAGGAUCAAGAGGAGGGGGAGGCAGAAAGCAGGAGAGAUAUGGGGUGGGUGUUAAGCCCUUGGAGGAAUUCUGCGUCUCUGGCAUUGAGCCAGUAGCCCAGGGACCUUCAUAAAGCGUCUCUCAUACAGCACGUACUUGUCCUAAGGGUGUUAAGAGUGCUGCACAAACUACUUAGGAACAUUGAGUCUGGCUACCCUUCGGGUCUGAUUGCAAUCCUCUUAAUGCAUUUAUGGGUCAACAACACGGUGUGUGUAAUGUUUUUUUUUUUUUAUUGGUAGCUUGUUUCUAUGCCUAAAUAAUGUUUGUAUGUGUGAGUAUGUGUGUGUGUGUGUCAGAGAGCAGUAGGCUGUAGGUAAUUACUGCAGCCUUUUCUCAGAAUUGUCCCUCCUAGUACAGUACCUCUCUCUCUGCCUAGAAGCAUAACACUCUUUCUGCGAACCAGCUGGCAUAAUGCCCCUCAUUGCCUAGCUAGCCUGAAUACACAAAUGGGUAUGGAAAGAUUUGUAAUAUUUGCAAAUAAAAAAGCACAUAAAUAGACCAGGAUUAUCCAAA